GUGUGUUUGUUAACUUCGCAGUUCAAAGGGAUCUUCGCGUAAAUUUUACAAAAACUUGAUUAAUUUAAUCUUAAAAAAUAGUAAAGUGCAAUUAACCGCCUCCUAAUGGCCUCCCUCAUCGCUCGAACAGUUCGCCGCCAUCUACUGCUGCGUGCCAAGAUCUCACGCGACCUAACCAGUUUGCCACCCACUCUGAACCGGCUUUUCCCAACCGCCCGCCUAGUUCACACCUCCUUCGCUGCCUUCAACCGGACCAUCCGGGACGACGACAUCUCCCUGCUGGAGGCCAAACAAGACCCGGACACGUUCGGCACGCUCUCGCCGUCCGUCCCGGAACCGGAUCGGCUUGACGAGGGCGACUUGCGCGAGGAGAACUUUCUGCAGAACUUGCCGGCGAGGUCGCAAAAGUUGAGCACGAAGCAGUACGCGGAUCUAAUCAAGGGACACCUGAAGAACCGGCGCGUGAAGGAAGCGAUCGACGUGCUGGAGGUGCGCAUGAAGGAGGAUCGGGUCAAACCGGUGAACUAUCUGUUUAAUUUGGUGAUUGGAGGUUGCGCCCGCGUCGGGUACAGCAAGAAGGCCUUCCAGCUGUACAACAAGAUGAAGCAGCACGGGCUGAAGGUCACCGGAGGAACGUACACGUCGCUGUUCAACGCUUGCGCCAACACACCGUUCGUGGGGGACGGGCUGGAGAAGGCGAAUCGACUGCGCGAGAUCAUGAUCGAGAAGGGCUACGAACCGAACGAGUCGAAUUACAACGCCAUGAUCAAGGCUUACGGGCGUUGCGCGGAUCUGAAGACGGCGUUUGCGCUGGUCGACGAGAUGCAGGCGAAGCAGCUGAACAUCAACACGGAUACGUUCAACUUUCUGCUGCAAGCGUGCAUCAGCGAUGCGGAGUUUGGAUUUCGGCACGCGCUGCUCGUGUGGCACAAAAUGUACCGAAUGAGGGCCGUUCCGGAUGUUUAUUCGUUUAAUCUACUGUUGCGAUCAGUGAGAGAUUGUGGCCUCGGAGAUCUGGACGCUACCACGCAGGUUAUCGAGCAAAUCUUGACCGAAAGCCAACCAAAACUUCCCCAAAAAGAAUCAACCGAACCAGCACUUAUCGAAGAAAGCUCGUCAGACGCCCCCAAAGAACUUCAAACCACCCAACAAAGUGACGAAAUCGUCCCCGAAGGCACCCCAAACCUGCUAUCGCGUCGUCCCCACCUGGGAAGUCUCGUCAGCCUAGGCCAAGUAACCGAGCCACAAGAUCGACUCCUUCUCCUCGGCGGUGCGUCCAACUUCCUCGAAGAAAUGCUAAAACUAAACAUCCAACCAGACAUCAAAACGAUGACCGAACUGCUGGACGUCGUCCCACCAACCACCGUCGCCGAAAAGCAGGUCCUCUCCACCAUCCGGCGGUUGGGCAUCCGCUGCGACAUUGACUUCUUCAACAUCCUCAUCAAGAAGCGCUCGAUGCGGUUCGAUUAUGAGGGCGCGCGCGAAGUGCUCACGAUGAUACGGACCGCCCGCUUGGAACCGGACAUCGUGACGUACGGCGUGCUCGCACUCGGCUGUCGAACGCAGGACGAGGCCCGGGCGCUGCUCAAGGAGAUGGAGGAGGUCGGAGUGCGGGUCAACAUUCAAAUUCUCGGCGCGAUGCUUCGGCAGGGCACGGCCAUGAAGAACUUCCGUUACGUGACGGAAAUCCUGCAAAUCGUCAAGCAGGAACGCUUCAAGCCGAACGAGAAGUUUCUCGAGCACUUGGACGCGUUCAACAGGCAGUGCGAAAAGAUGGACAAAAAGUACGACAAAAAUGCGCGCCGAGCGGGUCGCGAGGAGUUCAAGCUGGAGUACAAUCGCUACAAGCUUAAGCUGGACCACUGGAUGGAUCACAUGGGGCUGAAGGGGUUGAAGUUGGACGAUGCUCGGGGGGUGGUGCGGGAACAUCCGUGGGAGCAGUUUAAGCAAUCGCAGGCGGACGGGUUUGAGGACACGAAGAAUCCGAAGCUGCGGCACAAGAGGAAAAAGCAGCACUCGAUUCGGAAGGUUCAAGUUGAUGAGCUCGGAGGGGGAGAGCAGAGUGGGGGGAGGCUGGAGUGAAUGCUGUAUUUUAGCUGGUAGAUUUAAGAGUUGAUAGCAAUAAAAUGUA